CACGCGCGUGCGUGUUGUGUAGUGGGCGGAGCCGCAGUAGCAGCAGCAGCAGCCUGUGCUCACCAUAUGCAGCGAGGUGUAAUAGCCGGUACAGUCACAGUAUACCCGCGGUGGGUGACCGACUCUCAGCAUGGGCAAGAAACAGAAAAACAAGGGAGAGGACAGCACCAAGGAUGAUGUUGACCUUGAUGCUCUUGCAGCAGAGAUUGAGGGAGCAGGAGCCUCCAAGGACCAAAAAGCAAAAGGGAAAAAGAAAACGGCAAAGAAAAAGCAAGAUUUUGACGAAGAUGAUAUCCUGAAGGAGCUGGAAGAAUUAUCCUUGGAAACUCAUGGAGGGAAAGGAGAAACUAAUCUUGUAGAAAAGACCCAGGAGCCACACGAUGCGGAACCAUUCUUUUCAAAGAAUGAUAAGAAAAAGAAAAAAAAAGUCCAAAGAACUGACGUGGAUGAAGAUGAAGAUAGCAAUGAGAUAGAGAGCAAACCUGCUAAACCCAAAAAAGGAGAGAAGCCGAAAGGUGGUGAUUUGUCAUAUAGUGAGGAGGAUGGUGAUGAUGAUGAUGAUUCAAAUUUUAAUAAGGGUUUGAAGAAAACGAAGAAUAAAAAUCAGGCUAUUAAAAAGCCUCCGGUUACUGAGGUAGCAAAGGAACCAGCUAAAGGAAAGGAAAAAGCUGAAUUUUCAGGAGACAGUGAUGGUGACUCUGACGACAUGAGCCAAAGUAAGAAAGGGCAGAAGAAGAAUCAGAAGACAAAGCCCACUGCUCAAGUGGAAAGUGGAGAUGAACAUGGAGAGUUCAAAAUAAAAACCGCUGCUCAAAAGAAGGCCGAAAAGAAAGAGCGAGAAAAGAAAAAACGUGAAGAAGAGAAGGCCAAACUUAAGAAGCAGAAAGAAAAAGAUGAGGAAGAAGGGGAUAAAAAAGAACCAUCUAAAUCUACAGACACUGUCAAGAAGGCAAAUGAAGGGGUUGCCGCCAAGGAUGAGCCAAAAACAGCAGCUGAACCAGAAGCCGAUGUGGAUGCAGAUGAUGAUGAUGGGGAUAAGAAGAAAAAAGAUAAAAAGAAGAAAAAAGUGGAAAAAGAAGACAAAGACAAGAAAAAGGGUCCUAGUAAAGCAACUGUAAAAGCUAUGCAGGAAGCUUUGGCCAAAAUGAAGGAGGAGGAGGAAAGGCUCAAAAGAGAAGAGGAAGAGCGCCUGAAACGACUGGAGGAAAUGGAAGCUAAGCGUCUUGAAGAGGAGCGACUGGAGCAAGAACGAAAAGAGAAGAAGAAACAGAAGGAAAAAGAAAGAAAGGAGCGCUUAAAAAAAGAGGGGAAGCUUCUGACCAAAGCACAGAGAGAGGCCAGAGCACGGGCAGAGGCAACACUGAAGGUCCUUCAGGCCCAGGGAGUUGAGGUGCCCUCAAAAGAUUCUGUGCCAAAGAAAAAGCCAAUUUAUAUAGACAAGAAGAAAAAGAAGCCAUCACAGCAGCUGGCAAAUAAGGAAGAGCCAAUGGAAGUCACGUCUCCUGUGGAAGAAGUUGUAAAAUCUCCAAUACCAGAAAAGGAGGACACAACCAUGUUAGUGGAGGCACCAGGAGAACUUAUUUGUGAUAGUGAGACAGACCAAGAAGCUGCAGAGGAAGAUGCAGGAGUGGAUGACUGGGAAGCUAUAGUUAGUGAUGAAGAAAAAGAAGCAAAAACGGUCCACAUAGAAGUUCAGGAAAAGAAUGAAGAGGAAGAAGAUGAUGAGGAGGAUGAAGAUGAUGAGGAUGAGGGAGAAAGCGAUGAAGAUGAUGAUGAGGAAGGAGAUAGUGAUGGCAGUGAUGAUGGAAAGUCUUUAGAUGAGAAGCCAGUGGCCACUCGGCCGGUGACCUCAAAAUCUGAGGAGAAAAAGCAAAGUAAAGAACUGAGCUCAGAAUCGGAGUCUGAUUCUGAUGAUGACCGUACCAAAGAAGAAAAAGCUUAUGACAGAGCAAAGAGAAGAAUAGAGAAACGGCGCAUUGAAAAUCAGAAAACUGUGACACAAACACUCAGAGCUCCAGUUAUUUGUGUGCUUGGGCAUGUAGAUACAGGAAAAACAAAAAUCUUAGACAAGCUUAGACAUACACAUGUUCAAGAUGGUGAAGCUGGUGGCAUCACCCAACAGAUAGGAGCAACUAAUGUCCCCUUAGACGCCAUUAAGGAACAGAUUAAAAUGGUUAAAAAUUUCGACAAGGACAAUAUAAAGAUUCCUGGUAUGCUGAUCAUUGAUACCCCUGGCCACGAGUCCUUCAGUAACUUGAGGAACCGUGGAAGUUCACUUUGUGACAUUGCCAUUCUUGUUGUGGAUAUUAUGCAUGGGUUGGAGCCACAGACUAUUGAAUCUUUAAAUCUGUUGAAGACUAAGAAGUGUCCUUUUGUUGUGGCUCUGAACAAAGUUGACAGGUUAUAUGAUUGGAAGAAGAGUCCAGAUACUGAUGUAGCUGCAACAUUGAAAAAACAAAAGAAAAAUACCAAGGAUGAGUUUGAGGAGCGUACCAAGUCCAUCAUUGUUGAAUUCGCACAACAGGGCUUGAAUGCAGCUUUGUUCCACGAAAAUAAAGAUCCUCGUACAUUUGUGUCCCUGGUUCCUACCUCUGCCCAUACUGGAGAUGGUAUGGGCAAUCUGAUUUCCCUACUUGUGGACCUGACACAGACCAUGCUCAAUAAAAGACUGCUCCAGUCAGAGGAGUUGAGAGCUCAAGUCAUGGAGGUGAAAGCUCUUCCAGGAAUGGGCACAACCAUUGAUGUCAUUUUAAUUAAUGGGCGUCUAAAGGAAAGUGACAUAAUUAUAGUUCCUGGUGUGGAAGGUCCAAUUGUAACACAGAUUCGAGGCCUCUUGCUACCUCCUCCUAUGAAAGAAUUAAGAGUCAAGAAUCAGUACGAAAAACACAAAGAAGUGGAAGCUGCACAGGGAGUGAAGAUCCUUGGAAAGGACUUGGAGAAAGCACUGGCUGGUUUGCCCAUUUUGGUUGCUCACAAGGAAGAUGAGAUUCCAGUCCUUAAGGAUGAAUUAAUUCAUGAAUUAAAGCAGACACUAAAUGCAAUUAAAUUGGAAGAAAAAGGUGUUUAUGUUCAAGCCUCCACCUUGGGAUCCUUGGAAGCCCUGUUGGAGUUCUUGAAAACAUCUGAAGUGCCAUAUGCUGGAAUAAACAUUGGCCCCGUUCAUAGGAAAGAUGUCAUGAAAGCCUCAGUGAUGUUGGAACAUGAUCCUCAAUAUGCUGUUAUUUUAGCCUUUGAUGUCCGAAUUGAAAGAGAAGCCCAGGAAAUGGCAGAUAGUUUAGGAGUUCGCGUUUUUAGCGCUGAGAUAAUUUACCAUUUAUUUGAUGCCUUUACCAAGUACCGACAGGAUUACAAAAAGCAAAAGCAGGAGGAAUUCAAACAUAUAGCAGUAUUUCCAUGCAAAUUAAGAAUCCUCCCUCAAUUUAUUUUCAACUCUCGUGAUCCGAUUGUCAUGGGUGUAAUAGUGGAAGCUGGCCAGUUGAAACAGGGGACUCUGAUGUGUGUACCAACCAAAGGAUUUGUAGAAAUUGGCAUAGUGACCAGUAUUGAAAUCAAUCACAAGUCGGUGGAUACAGCGAAGAAGGGCCAGGAGGUGUGUAUUAAAAUAGAACCCAUCCCUGGGGAGUCUCCCAAGAUGUUCGGAAGACAUUUUGAAGCUACAGAUUUCCUGGUUAGCAAGAUUAACCGUCAAUCAAUUGAUGCUUUGAAAAACUGGUUUAGGGAUGAGAUGCAAAAAUCAGAUUGGCAGCUCAUAGUAGAAUUGAAGAAAGUGUUUGAAAUCAUCUGAUGCUUUUCUGACGGCAAUUACCAACUGAACCGUGUAGUACAAAUGGAAGCAUUUGCUCCCGGUAAAGGAAAUAAUUAUAUAUAUUAAAGAAAAAAAGGAAAAAAGAAAGCAUAAGUAAACAGAGACAGGGGAGACUGAACCUGUGGUUUGGAAUAAAAAGAAAAAAGUAGUUUAAAAUUGUUUUCCAUGAGAAACCAAGAAAUUUACACUGGUUUGACAGUGCUCAAUUUUACACAUCCCCACAAUUCCAAUGUGCCUGCUCAUCUUUUACCCACAUGAAUCUUGUACUGGCUUCUGUUUUAAACAAUUAACCCAAUGUUUUAUUACAGGAUGCUCUCUCCAUUUUUUACUUGUAAGAACAGUACUGCAGGUUUUGAUUUUUCCUGCAGCUUAGAAAACUUGGACAUUUUUGAUGUAAUAAUGAAAUUAAAUGUCAUUAUUUAUGCAUUUUUCUCUUUGCCCUGGCCCCAUGAAGUUUCCAGUUUUUUUUCUCUGUGCCUACAGCUAUUUGGGUUUUCUUUUUAAAAGAUGGAGAAUUAAUUAAUUGGAAACGGUGUCAGCUUCACGUGCAACAAUGAUGUAAAAUGUAUUUUGGGCAGAAUUUUAAUGCUUGUACAAUUCAUGAUGCCAAAUUUAUUCUGUAAUCUCAUUGUGGCACAGAGCCAGAAAUAAAGUAACUGGAUAAUGUAAA